AGGAGUCGACAGUGUCGCGUCUCCCGCCACCGGAAUUGUUCGUGGAUCAGAGAAGGCGAUUCCUACUGGUCGUUCGGGGCUUGUAGGCCCUGCCCACCAGGUGGCCGUGGAAAGUGUGUAGUUUCUUCGACGGACGGUGAGGCACGGUUCUCUUCUAAUCAAGAGAAAAUCUUUCGAUAAAACCAUGCGUGCCCGGGGGUGACGAGUAAGUGAUAAUCGAAAAGAAAAAAUACGCGAGACGGACGAGGGACUGUCGAAGGGACGAGUAACGACGGAGAAACUUUGCGGAUAGGUGUUGUCGUGCGUUAAAUCUCGUCGGACGAAGAGAGAAGGACGCGUAUGUGUCCGGGGAGGUGCGAUUAUUCGGCGAAGGUUUGAAGGGUUCGCUUCCGAACCGCCGCCCCUCAGGUAAUCGGUGACAAAACGAGAGAGCCGAUCAACAUCCCCGAGUAUCUGACUGGAUAAAUAAGUGUUUGAUUUGACUAGCCGACGUCAGCUGGUCUUCGGUGUGAGAGAACCAAGUUAGAAAUGGCGGCGCUGGUGGCAGGUGUCCAGUAUGGUUUGUCAUCGCAAAGUAAUUUUCAUGAAAAUAAAUCGUUGAUAUUUGUGAAACUGACGGACUCGGCUUACCGGGCGAUCGAGGACUACCUUCGCAAUCGGAAUAAGACGAGUGACAGCCCAACUAUACAGUUCCUAGGAAACGAAGGCCAACUAUCCUUUCCAUCGUCGCAAUCCAACCAUGGACCAGCGGGAUUCACCUUCAGCCUUUCCGGCAAUCAGGACAUUGAGGGCCCACAGGGGAGUUUCGAAUGCGUACAACAGACCGGGACGAGGAGUUUGGAAAGCCUCGGCACGCUGCCGUGUAAAAUGCGGAUACAGGCGAAGGACGACGUAUACGAGACGACCAGGGUUCGGAUGGCCGUUGCAGAGGAGAACCACAAAAAUAAAUGCACAAGGGAAAUCAAACCCAAUGGGCCGGAUAUCGGGCGGAAAGUAAAGGUCAAAGUAAAAGGAGGAACCGGAAGAACUGUACCGCCAUCAGCACCUCCGAGAGUACGAGAAUCACCGAUGACUGUUUCGCACUCCUCCGGUAUCUUGGCAUCGUCGACCACCACUCAAUCACGCCUUUCUUCGUACAAACCCGCCUCGACCAACAAUCCACCCCCUGCUGCCCGUGCUCAACCUGAAAAAAAGAUAUCUGACAUUAUGCGAAGGCCUCUAAAAGAAAGACUUAUUCACCUCCUCGCUUUGAGGCCAUACAAGAAGCCCGAGUUGCUGGAACGCAUUCACAGAGAGGGUAUCAAAGACCGUGAAAAAAGUAUAAUUACAACGGUGCUGAAGCAGGUAGCUUACAUGCGGGAUAAUACUUAUCAUCUGCAUCGGCACGUGUGGAAUGACGUGCAAGAGGAUUGGCCCUAUUACACCGAACAGGAGAAGACAAUGUUGAAACGUCGCAAACCGCAAAACCUAACUCCACCAGGCUCCAGUGAUGGGGGCUCUUGUGGUAGCGGUCAGUCGCCAAACUCUACGCAUCCAGGCUCACCUCCAGGGAUAACAGCGCCACCUCCGAGUAUAAUGAGCUCAAAGAGACCAGGCUACUUCCAAGGAAAUGACGGGCUACCAACCAAGAGACCUCGGAUAUCUCACUACCGUAAACCAGAAACGAGUAUUUCUACAACGAGCAACAAUGGAUCGGCUGCUGUGGACAACGGAAGGACAUCAGGUGGUGGUGGUGGUGGUGGUGGUAGUAAUAGCAACAGCUGGGAUCCAAGACAGCAACGCGAACGCGAUUAUCGUACGGAGAGAACAAACAGUGAUGUGCUUCGAAGCAGCUACGGUGUCAGCAAAUCGUGCCUGACGCCAUCCAGUGACUGUGAGGACAUUCAUAGCGCGUCUAGCAAUCUAAACAGCCAUAAUUCGCAUAGUAGUCUAACCCAUAAUAACGUUAUAAAUAACCAUAAUGGUAACAGUAAUAAAUUGAGCAGUGUUGAUAGCGGUGUUGUGAAUUUUGUGCGAGGGAGUGGUGGUGCCAGCUUCGGGGGUAGUCCGAACGCCAGUGAUAGGCGAGAUAGGGACGACCGAGGGAGGGAAAGAGAGAGGGAAAGGGAGAGAGAAAGAGAGAGAGAGAGGGAGAGAGAAAGGGAGAGGGAGAGAGAGCGCGAGAGGGAGAGGGAGAGGGAACGAGAAAGAGAAAGGGAGCGCGAGAGAGAACGGGGCAGAAGUGUAAAUAGUGGUGGAUCUUCGAAUUAUGAAGUUACGACUUACAGUGGCAAUAGUUACGUCGGAAAUACAAGUGGCAAUUCAGGGCAUGUUAACUUGGGAUCUGGGCAUACAUCACCCCCCCAAACCGGGAUCAGCAACGCACCGGAAGUUCCAGACUAUGUCACGUACUUCACGACAAUCAGCAGCAUGGAGCAAAAAAGACGUUACAAGGCAGAGUUUAGUGCGGACUACGAUGAGUACAGGCUUUUACACACGCAAGUGACCAAGGUUUCGAAACGAUUUGCACAGCUUGAAGAACUUUUAAGGAAAGAGCGUCAAUCUGGAAACGAGACUAGAUAUUCGGAAAUCAAGAGCCAAAUAUUCACCGAGUAUAACGCGAUCAAAAAUGAUCCGGAUCAUCAGCAGACGAAGAAGCGGUUUCACUAUCUCCACGACAAGCUGAGUCACAUAAAGCGGCUGGUACAAGAAUUUGAUUCUCAAUGUGGCGGUGGGGGUGCAAGCAGUUUGCACUACUGACAUAAGCUCAAACACUUAUCCCUUCUACUCUUCUCGGUUGUUAAUACGCUGCUGUCGACGUUAUUGCCAAGUGUGCAUUUUCUCGGCAAACUCCAAGGUUAACUAAAAUUGUUCCUGCAGAGACGUCCCCGAAGACAUUGCAACGGUUUGAGCUGUUUUUGUCACGGCAUUUUUAACUUACCCCAAAAUGCUCACUACUUUCGUAUUUGAUUUUAAAACAGAGGCCAUAGAUUCUGCUCAACUGCAUCCAUGUAAGAACAACGGGAUCCACUUGUUAGGCAAUGUUUGGCAAGGUUUGAUAUUGUAUAUCCGGUAACAGCGAAAAAGUAUUCGUUAUAUGUAACUGGAUACGUAAUUCACAAAGCAAUUACCAAGCACGAAAGACAAUCCUAUCAUAUAAAGAAAAAGAAAGGACUCUGUCCUCUAUCGUAUAAUAAACUGCGUCUACGUCCAAGACUGUCCAGAGAAAAAUACUAAGCUAUAAAUAAUAUAAUACGCGCGUCCAAAAGUGUCCAGUAGUUAUGCGAGUGAGAGUCUGAGGAUAAAGCUAAUAAAUUCGUAAGCAGUUCAGCCAAAAACUAAACACAAAAAUAAAAAGAAUGACAUAUGAAGUUGCGAAAACAUAUAAUAAGUAAAGAACUACAAUUUUCAAAAUUAUAAUCCCACGAAUAUCAAAAUCUAUACAUCGUUAAUUUUAUCAUAUCAAACUAAUCGCUGAUCCAAAACAGAGGUCUGCUAAGAGUAGUCCACCAGCAUUUCGUUGCUAUAUCCUUUUUUUAAUGCUAAAAAAAACUAGUUCUUUUUAUACAUAUGACAAAGUUUGAAGGUUUGUUUUACAAAAGGAAAUUUUCAUUCUUCAACAAAACAUACUAAUAAUACACUGACAUGUUCCGUAUCAUGGAAUAGGAUAACAGUAAUAUUUAAAAGUAUCACCGACACGACAGAUACAGAAAUUCCGAAGCCACUGGCUUAGCCACCAAAUGCCAAACUGAGAGUAAAAACACAGUUAUCCGUUGAAGUGAGUGGGGAUUUCCUUAAUGGGAAACACAAUUACCGAAAUCACUCGGAAUCUCUAGAGUCCGCUGAGGAAGAGGGGAAUUAACGAUUGAAUAAUAGGAGAAGUAAACAAAGCUUGUGAUUUGUGUCCAGAUUGUGCAUAUUGAGUAAUAUAAAUAUUUUAAUAAUCUUAACGAUAGUUAAUAAUAAAUAAUAAUAUUCAAUGUAAUUCAUGAUAACAUCAAUUUCGAGAAGAAUAUCGAGCUAGUUUAAUGAUUGAUCAUUUGAUGAUGCAUAUGUACAGGCAAACCGUGAUGUUUCACUUUUAAAUAAUAUUUUGUUGUGUAAUUAUUAUAAUUAUUAUUAUCAUUAUUGAUUAGAUGAAAAUUCACUAGCCGGUAUAUUUAUCACAGAAAACUGGAAAUAGGUGAACGCGGUGAUAAGCAUUGAUCACACUCUGUGCCAAAUAUUAAAAAUAGUAAAAUAUCAAAAAAGAUCCACAUGACCUUGUAAUUAACUUUUUCUUUUCAAUCUGUGAAUAUCUGAUUACUUUAUGCCCGUACCUAAACAAGGUAUUCUUUUUACGAAACAAAUUUAGGGCCGUUUUAUCGUUUGACAAAUGCUCAUGUGUCGUUCCAUGCGCAUCUAAAGGAUUUACUCUCUCUCUGGUAUUCUGUGAUAUUAUAGAGACGCAGACUCGCGAUAAAACAUGAAAGACAUGCAAAAUAUGCAAUUAGCUUGAUGAGUUUCAAGGGUAAGUUGGCCUUUCCAUGUCAUCGGUUCCAAUCCAACUGUUCUUGUUGGAUUUAUGAAUUGUGCUUGCCCUUUCUUCUUCUUUUUCCUCCGCUAACGGAACCUUCCACUAAAAAAUUAGCUUUAAAAAGUUUCGGAUAAAUACCGGAUUCUCCUUUUAAUUUUGUUGAAAAUUUCACGUUGACAAUUUUCGGCCAUUCUAUCUACUUCAAUUAUCUGUAAUAAGUAGACCAUAUUUAAGGCUUGUACAGUAAAAUAAUGUUAUUAUCUCCAAACCAGUGUUGGAAUUUAUGGUUUUAUGUUGGUGAAUAUUAGUCAAUUUAUAAUUGCAUCAAACGUUCCAAAUUUAUAUCAAUGACGGCGUUACUACAAGUGAUUGAAGUUUUCAUUGACGAUUGGGGCAACGAUACGAUAUACCUAGUAUGGCCAGCUUAGCCUAGUAUCGUUCACAGAUAAUGGCGAUUCAAAACAAAAACAAUGUUACGUUACUCAAAUUUUACUAUGUUACAUGAUGUGUUUACGUUUUACUUAGAAGCAAGUGUUAUGUUGAUAUGCAUAUACAUCAAAAAAUUUGACGUUUGUUAUAUUUUAUUAUGGCAGCAUCUGCUGUUCAAUAUUGAACUCAGAGGACAAUUUACUAAAAUUAAACAUGUUGGAUAUUACAUGCAACAAUGAAAAGUGACUAAACGUAUAGAAAUGUAUGGCACAGUGCUUGAACGUGUGUAUAGAAAAAAUGGCAAACGUAAAAAAAAGAAGUGAUUUCACUUAUAAUAUUAUUUAUAAAUAUGUUAAACAAAUGUAUCACUAACCAAGUGCGUACGAGAAAAGAAACAAAAACACAAAACGUGAUUUAAAAACGAAAAAAAAACAACAAAAAAAAAACAACAAAAAAAUACAAAUUAAAGGAAUAAAAAAAUGUAUAAAAUAAAGUAAAAUGAAAUAAAAAGUAAACAAUAAUGGGUGCAUAAUAAUAUAUUCUCUUGAAGGGUAACUUUAAUUCGUAAUUUUUGCAUUGCAAGUUAAUAAAACACUAUUGAAACAAGAAUUCUCGUCUUCUCUUGAUUUUUCUAUCUUUCCAAUCAACAAUCGUCGUGCCUUAAGCGAGGGUUCACUCGUUUGACACCCGGUUCAGUGAAGCACAACUAAUAGGUAUAUGCCUGUCACAAAAACGGGAUAUUUGAAAUUCAAUUCACCAGUUAACACCCACGACACUGUGUCAUACAUGGUUAUAGUGGCUGAGAUCGGUAAUUAUGCUCUGUCUAUCUUGAAGUGCCGAAGACUUUUGUUGCGCACACCUUACGAUUAAAAAAAGAAAAAUACUUGGAUAGGCAAUGGGACACAAUCACCGAACUCGGUUAAAUAGGUUCCACCGAAUUGACGUUAAGUAAAACUAGUUACCACACCCGCAAAGUCAACACUUAUUGCAUCCCGUUUAUAUAACAAAGAUGUGUGUAAUCACGAUCAUUACUCAUUGUGAAAUAGAUAUGUCGCUAUGAGGAUAUAGGUAGCACCGAAGUUCGCGUAAUUUGGCGAAAUAGCUAGUGAGUCAUAGUUGAAAAUAUCUACGGUGCUUCCUCUUGAAAAAAAUUAUGAUUAUCUUCCCAUAAGUUCACUACUUGUAUUGCCUGACAAGCUUAUUUUUUUCACUCCUGUUAUACAGUUUGGUAAUCAUUGCCUUGAUGAUUGAAUCGCUUACUUUUUGACAAAACAGAAUGCAAAUAUUGAUUGGGCAUUAGACUUUCAUCGAUCCACAAGAUGGAAUUCGAUCUAAUCUCUGUGCUUGAAAGUAUUGUUUGCAAAAUAACACGCAACACUUUUAUAUAACUGUAAUUAAUACGGAAAUUCAAGUAUUAUAAUCAUAUCAAAGUUCUACAAAUAAAUAGUUCACGUUUGUUUGGUGAAUGGUUAAAACUUUAUAGAAAACUUUUCAUACAUACGAGACAACAAGAUUUAUCAAGUGCCAAUUGUAGAGAGAGAAAUGUAGAAAUAUAAACAAUGAUUGUAUACAGAUACCAAAACAGCAAACUAGAGUAUGCCAGAAGACGAGAACUAUACCUAAAAUUAGAAAGUUACAUCUUCUAUACUUCUGUUAUUCAACUGAAUAGUUGAAUUACGAAAUCUGUAGAAUAGAAAGAAAUCUAACGAUACUUGAUCAAAUUUUCCAAUCAUCAAUUCUCAAUUCAAACCACUUGCUCGUCAUAUCCUUCUUUUACGAAAUAAAAUACAUUUUAGCAAGCGUGACAGGACGGAGAUUACUGAUCAAAAAAAGAAAACAAAAAAAAAAAAAAAACUUCUUAAAAGAUUAAAAGAGGAAAGCAGUUUAAAUAAUUGUAGGCCAUUUAUACAUACACAGACUUUAUAAAGGGAAUUACAUAUUCGGAUUAUAAUAAUGAAUUAGAUAUUGUUUCCCUGUGCGUGACGUCCUUUUUAGAAUAUCGCGUAAAGAGAGAAGGUACAGGGGUGUGCUGGUGCGUACUAUGCUGUUAUUAAUUUUAUUAUUAUACUAUCAUUAUUAUCGUUAUAUGCAUAUGUGUAUUCCAAUGAAAAUUCUUAACCUGUACUUUACUCGUCAGACAAGCACAUACAUAAUAAUAAAACUGUAAUAAUUCGUUAACACUUAGAAGAUACAAAUUAGCAUUUUAGAAUUUUUUGUGCCUGAAAAGUAUGAAUAGCUUACUAUACGGAUAUAGCGUCACCACGACAAUGAUUAGCAUGCUAUAAUAUGGAUGCAAAGAUAUUUUGUUUCUAUAUCUAACGAUAUAAUGUUUGCAGAUACGAAUGAGUUCAUUGAUUUUUGAGAGUUAGAAAAUCCGGACAAGAAGAUCUUACACAAUUCCAAAAUUUAAUCAAAAGGUGAGAUAAUUUAAAGAACAAAAUGUAUUUGCACGUACAUGCCUAAUCUAACAGCAUAAACUUAAAUUUAAUCGUGUGCCAAUAUAGCCAUUGUCCUCUUGUAAGAAGUGAGGAAUAAAAGAUUGUUAUAGGAAAUUCGCUUGCAUCUAAGCCGAACUCUUCAGAAUCAAUUGUUCUCAUUCGAUCGUAUGAGUCAAAUGAACAAUGUAUGAGUCUUUUUGUGGGAACAAACCUUGCACAGCGAAUGCCUCAAGAACAAAGGUUCUAUUUUUAACUGGCAACUUGUUCGAGUUUGUCUGAAUGAAAAAAAAUCCUAAAAACAAUCGAAAUUUGUAUACUUUAUUUCACGUAAUUUAUUAUAUAUUUAUAUUGAAAUUGGUGUAAAUUUCUUGCCAGAACUUUUAUACUAUUAUUAUUAUGAAAUAAAGAAAAGAAUGUUUCAAAGCUUUGUGUUAAAUAGAAGUAUUUAACACUUGAUUGACCUGUUAAAUUGUGGAAGCAUUUAAAAAGGUGAAGUUGAUAGUGACAGCAAAGUUUUUCCUAGAUACUGUACAUAAUAAGGAACUAUUUAGUGGCUCAAAAGUAUAAAAUUCUUGCAGCUUUCGGAGUGCAGGGAAUAAAUAAGAAUAAAAUAUAGAAAGAAAUAUGAAAAUUAUUAGCCAAUCUUAGAUACCUAAGUAAAAUGUACGUUGCGUGAGAAAAACUGAAGAAAGGAAAAAAAAUUGUAUGAUAUUCGUAGCAUAUAGAGGUGGUGAAAUGAUUCACGAAAAACGAACAACCCGCAACUGGCAUGCCCUUAUUCUGUUAAUUUUUAUACAAGUACAUAAUCGCGUGUAAAAUUUAUUAACAUGUAAUGUAAUGUUAUGAUGUACCAUUUUACCAAGUCAAGUGCAUUAAGUAGUUAAUAAUUGAUAGAGGAUUGGACGUAUUCAAUGACGCAGAAAGGGGGAUCACUUCCACAAAUUGUAUCGAUGUUUUAUUACCAAUUAUUAGUUAGUAGUUACCUUUUCUGCGUGACCAGCGGCCAAUUAUUCCGUGUAAAGUUAAAAAUUUGUAUUAUGUACGAAUCUUACGAAAGCAGCGUUGUACUUUAGAGAUAAAUACGUAUUGUUAAUUUUACCGCGGGUAUGAUUGCUCCUUAAAUUGAUGGUCUGUUUUCCGACGUUCGCUAUCGCGUACUUUUUUUUUCUUUUUCAAACGCUGACUGUCGUAAGGUCAAUUUCGAAUUUUGUUUUUUUUAUCUUUUAUUUCAAUACUCUUUGCGACAUUGUUGUUUAUUUUACUCAUUUUGUUUGAAUCUUGCGUUCAUCGCGGUUAUACAGGUGUGCCACGUCGUUUGAAUUAACCACUAGACGCACGAAAUUUAAAAAUAUAUAUACGAAUCGUAUUAGUUUAUACGACGUAGAAAUAAAUUUUUGCUCGUGGUUGGUUCAAAAAUAUGAUUUCAAUGUCUAAGCUCAAACACGCUUAACAUUUGGAGUUUUCAAACAGACAAAAGAAUAAAAAGAUGAAUUAAUCUUCAAAAGCUUCGCAAAGGUCAGGACUGAAUAAUCGAAAAUUAUGAAAAUUGGGGUGGAGAUAAUAUUUGCCGAAAAAUGAAAACAAAAAGAGAAAAAUAAAAAAAAAAAGAAAACUGACCCGUGCCGAAAAGUGAAUGGUGUAUUGACGUACAUGUGACUAGUGUAUAAGCGUUGAAACGAUGUUGAUAUAAUUUUCGUUGAAAAUGAUAUUUUUUAAAAUGGUGAACACAAUUUGUUUUGGCGUCUAAAUUUAACUAUAUAAAGUUCGACAGCGCGGAAAUGAAAAUUAAAUAUGCCCAAUGUUGUAAUAUUAUAUUUUUGACUGUGAUGCUGUUAUGUGUGUAUAUAUAUAUAUCUGUGUGUAUAUACACAAUUAUAUACAUAAUAUUAUAUUUAUACAUGCAUUUCCUUUCAAUAAUUAAAUGAUGGGGGCCGUGGUGCAUAAUAUAACUAGAGCUACCAUUAUACUACCGCUUUUGUUUCAACCUGAAGUUUUCGUGGGUAAAUUCGUUCUGUUAUACAUUUAUAUAUAAUUCAUACGCUAACCGUACGACACGAAUUUAAUUACGUCUUGAAUUUUCAUUUCCACCGUAUAUACGUUUAAUUAAUUUUUCUUAUAUAUGGUAUUAAAAUAAUCCGGGCCUCCUGACACCCGGUAGAGAACUCCCUGAAAUCAUUAUUACACUACAUUUGUAUGCAUUACACAUAUAUGCGUCUAUGUACCUAUACGAUAGAAACACAAACUACGUUACUGUACAUAUAUUCAUACGUAGAAGAUAUGAAAGAACCCCGGAUAGUUUUAACACUUGUCCACCUCUGUCAACUUUCAUCGUCUGCAUAUCGUUACCCCCUUGCCCCCCCCCCCCCCCCCCCCCCCCCUUGAAGCCGUGUAAAUCGAAAGGGAAUGCGUGCGUGCGUGACCGUAAUUCACCUGUAUAUCUACCAAUAAUUGAUAAUAACGCAAGCGAGUAGAAGCAAAUCAUACGUUGUAUCUGAUAUAUCUUAUAUUAUAUACAACGUACUACUUACGCUAUAUAUUAUAUAGUUAUGUACCGACCGACUCUUAUAUAUUUAUGACGACUGCAUUGCUCCCUGACAAACGCUCGUAUCUUCGUCGUAUAUCUAUACCUAUAUAGUUGUAUUUGCAAUUAUUACCUAUAUUAUAUUCAUUAAUUAAUUGAAUAAAUAAAUAAAGAUUAUAUAUUAUAAUAAAAAGAUAAUUAUUAUGUGGAGAAUGAUCACGAUAGAAGCAACCACCGUAGACAUGUACGUAUGUAUGUACCUACAUGUUUCUAUUAAUUUUCGAACGUCUCAAAGCAUUCAAUCGAUCGUAUCGUACUUACGUUAAAUUAUAUUAUGCUUUAAACGGCUGAAUAAACCAGGGACAAAAAAAUAUUUAUCAAAUGCUGUAAACACACAAUAUACGGUACAGUACAACAAGGAGAUGAAUAUCGGGCAAUGGGCAAUGGGCAAUGGGGUGCGGUAGGAGGUCAUUACACUUUAUACGCAUGUGUAUGUAUACCAGGAUACAUAAUUUGAAAACUCGUGGAACACGCCGUUUGUGCAUAAAAUCUGGAACACAGAAUAUUCAACGUUACUGUUCUUGUACGAGAGCUUGCACGAGGCAUGCGUGUACGUAUCAUCGAUACUAGCAGCUCACAUGCUUUCGUACAAUUUCGUAAAGAUAUUUAACGUUCUCAUGAUUGUGUAGCUCUAAACUGUGAAGAAAUAGUUUACAGGGUUUGCGCCUCCGUAACCGAGAUAAUUAUUAGUGAAUUAAUAUUCACGACGAUUGCUGCAAUAAUUUAUGUCGAAAGUUUAUUCAACCGUUUACCGUUUAUAUAUAAUGUAUAUUUUCACCCGUUCUAUGCUUCUCAAUCUCUUCAUUCUCAACUAUAUAUGCGUUUUUGUAUAUGUGCUUCUGUUUUAUUCGAGGAUUUGCAUAUUACUAUACAUGUGAUGAACAUAAAAACCACACAUGUGAAAAUAAAAAAUUACGAACAAGUAAAAAAAAAAUUCAUAAAAUGUAUUUUAAGCGAGAAAAUUUACGGUUCAGGAUAACGCAAGUUAAACGACACCUAGUGUGGAUUGUGCAUAAACAUGAUAUACGUACGGCUUUGGGCAGAAUAUUUCGAGAUGAUUACACACUUUUGUGUUAUUAAAAAAAAAGAAAAAAAAAAAAACAAACA